UCUUUCACACCGUCACUCAUGAUGAAAAUGGUAUGUCACGGACAACACACGUACGUCUACAGUCAAGUGUUGUUACAAAUACUUGCUCAAGAAUCUCGGGGUGGAUUUAUGAUGAAGAGACUUUCUCAAGAAAUUACGAAAUGUGCUCAGCAAAAUCACCACGAUGUUACACCAAUAACAAUGGCUCUUAAUGGAGCUUCAAAUAGUCCUACUGCAUGUCAGGCAUUGGCAUCUAUGUUAUCACGAAACACUUUAAAUCCUGCUGAUAUUAGUGUAUUAUUUAGAAAUUAUUCUACUGCAGAACCGCCACCUAUUGAAUUGCUACGUAAUCCUCAAUUUUUGGAACUGCUUGUUGAUGCUCUUUUUAAGCCAGGCGUAAAAAUUAAUCCUGAACACAAAUCCAAAUAUAUAUAUUUAUUAGCUUAUGCAGCUAGCGUAUGUGAUAUUCCAGCAAAAAAAGGACAUUCGCGGAAACUAAAUAAAGAUGAAUUGAAGACAACUAUUCAAGCUAUAGAAAAGGUUCAUAACAUUUGUAACAUUAAUAAAGGUUCUACUGAAUUGAUAGCUGAAUUACAUACUUUGUAUCAAUGUAUAAGGUUUCCUGUUGUGAGUGUAGGUGUAAUUAGAUGGGUAGAGUGUACUGUAACAGAGCCAUCAUACUUUAAAUUAUGUACAGAACAUUGCCCUGUACAUCUUGCACUCCUUGAUGAGGUUGUUGUUUGCCAUUCCUUAUUACAUCCGAAAAUAUUACAACUUCUUGUGCAGUUAUUUGAAAGUAAACAAGAUGAACUGGAGAUACUUGUGCAGCUGGAAAUGAAAAAAAUGUUAAUUGACAGAAUGGUUAAUUUAUUGAGUAAAGGUUGUGUGGUCCCCGUAGUAUGUUAUAUAAAACAAUGUUGGCAACGCGGAGAUACCGAUGUGUCUUUGAUCAGAUACUUCGUUACAGAGGUUUUGGAAGCAAUCGCUCCACCAUAUACUGCAGAAUUUGUACAUUUAUUCUUACCUAUGGUGGAAGACGAGGAAAUUACAGGGUCAAUGCGUGGUGAUAGCGAUAACGAUCUUGUUUCGGAAUUUAUAAAUGAUGUAUAAUUGUGGAAAAUGGAUCAAAACGAAGGAAAAUACAAGAAGUUUGCUGGUUUAAAAAACUGCUAAAUGAAAAGGGAUACGAUGUAUUUUAAUAUAUCCUACGCACGAAACAAAAUAUAUAAAUAAAUAGAACUAUCUUUUACCUACUACCAUAUUGUGCCAAAAUAAAUAUAUAUCAUUGUUUAAAAAAUGUAAGUACAGCUUAAUAUUUUGGAACAUAAUAAAAAGAAUGUUGUCAUUACAUGUGCCCUUUGAAUAAAUUUUAUAGAACAUAUUUUUCCUAUAAAACUAAAUUAAUGUUGGCAAUAGUUCUGCACAUAAUAUAUUACGUACCGUUGUCAACCCACGAGUUGACGCGUGAAGAGGUCGACCCGAGUGUUUAGAACAGCUACGGUGGCUCCAAUUGGUUAGAAUAAAAAAAUGAAUGUCUAGAUUUACAUGUAUUUUCAGCGGUAGGAAUAAUUAGCUCAAGUGGUCAAUUAGGCCAAAAACAAUGACAGUCUCAAAUAUCUCAAGAGUGAGUGAAAUAGCGUGAAUUGCAUGAUACAAUUCUUAUUGACAUUAUUAUUACUUUCAUUUACCAAAAUGUAACGCUAGAAGUGUUGACAGUGGGGAUAGGCUUUGCUUCUUUUACUUUAAGUUGACCUCCUCACGCGUCAACUCGUAGAUUGACGUUGUGUUACACACAUUUUUUAUUGUAUAAUAAUACAAAUAAUAUGAUACACAGAAAAAUUCAAGUGCCAACAUGUGUAAUUUUCUAUCCUUCCUUUCCAAAUUUCCAUCAAUAUCAAAUAAAAUUUUAACAUCAAUAUGAAUAACAAUAGCAGCUCCUCUGUGUUUAAUGAUCGUUUAUAUAAGGUUAAAUAUUCAGAAUGUAUAAACAACAGAUAUUGUUGUAUUCAGGAAAGUCCAUAGAAUCUUUUGUAGUUACAUCACAAAAUUUUGUUGAAUUUGAAAAAUGUGCUAUUUGUUUUUAAAUAGAACUUCGUAGUUUCGCAAGAAAUGCUGUAAUAAUCAUUGCACUUCAAUAUUUUAAAUAAUUAAGGGAUGCGCCAAUUUAAAAAAAACAGUAAAUAUCCCUCUUCGUUCAUUAAAA